AUGACUAAUGACAAUGUUCAUUUACAAAAUCCGGUGACAAAUAAACCUUAUAAUACUGAUCCACCGCCAGCGUCAGGUUGUUGUUCUUGCUGUUGGCAAGUUAUAUAUAAUAUCUUCAAACCAGAUCCACCACAAACUGCGAAAAAUUCUUCGUCUGAAGCUAGCUCCGAUAGCCCAUCUUUCCAGGCGAAGAUGAACAAAGGUUUGGAAGACGGCAAUGAAAUUUUCAAGGGAAAAAUGUCGUCGUCUGAAUCUACCUCCGUUCCUUUCUCAUUCAUUCCAAAGCUGAACAACGGUAUGGCAGAACGCAAU